AUGUACCAGGCUGUCGAUGGUGAGCUUGACCGUCUCGAGCGCUUGCGGAUCAUCACGCCAAUCGACUAUUUGGAGUGGGCUGCUCCGAUUGUGGUAGUUCGGAAGGCGAACGGCAUCGGCGAAUCAUCGAUUAAGCUCCUCGUAAUCAACACCCAUCGGAGCAUCUACAAAGUCAACCGACUGGCACCCGGAGUAAAAGCUGCGCCGGGAGCGUUCCAGCAACUCGUUGACACCAUGUUGGCGGGUCUCAAGCACACUAGCAGUUACAUCAAUGACAUCAUCGAAGCCAUCAAGCUCAUGCCGGCACCCACGGAUGUGUCGGGAGUUCGGUUGUUUCUCGGAGCCGUAAACUUCUACGGGGAAUUCGUACCGAAUAUGCGAGCUCUGCGCUACCCACUGGACGAACUGCUGAAGACGGGAGUCAAAUUCGCUUGGACAGCGGAGUGUCAGAGGGCGUUUGACAAGUUAAAAAUCAUCUUGUCAUCGGACUUGCUCCUGACCCAUUACAAUCCCAAGCAAGAGAUCAUCAUUUCGGCCGAUGCGUCAUCAAUCGGUCUGCACCGUUUGCCCGAUGGUACAAUCAAGUCGUCCAGCAUGCUUCGAGAGCCUUGGCUCCAGCCGAGCGCAACUACAGCCAAACGGAUCGGCUGCAUUCUCGUCGGCGAAAGGCUUGUCAUUCCGUCUCCUCUACACAAGCGAUGCCUUGAAGAACUACACCGGGGGCACCGCGGUAUUGAGCGGAUGAAGGCAAUCUCCCGCAGCUACGUUUAUUGGCCAUCGCUCAACAGCGAGAUAGCCGAUUACGUGAAAGCGUGCUUACCAUGCGCCUUGACAGCAAAGUCCCCAGCAGCAGCGACCCCUGUGCCCUGGCACAAGCCAACACGUCCUUGGCAACGUGUCGACGUGGACUACGCCGGUCCUAUCGACGGUGACUACUAUCUGCUCACCGUGGAUUCGUUUUCGAAAUGGCUGGAAGUCAUCCGCACACGUCGCAUCAAGGCUUCCGCAACGAUCAGCAUCCUCCGCAGUAUCUUCGCACGCCUGGGGAUGCCGGAAACGUUGGUGUCAGACAACGGCACCCAAUUCAAAAACUCGGAAUUUGCUCAGUUCUACAAGACGAAUGAAAUAGACCAUGUAACAACUGCACCGUUUCACCGACAAUCAAACGGCCAAGCAGAGAGAUUUGUCGACACGUUCAAGCGAGCGAUCAAGAAGCUUGAUGAGAGAAGAAGUUCGACCGAUGAAGCCUUGGAUACGUUCUUGCUGGCCUACCAAAGCACUCCUAACCAGUCAGCGCCAGAAGGUCUAUCACCGUCGGAGAUCAUGUUCGGACGACGUUUACGAACCUGUCUCGAACUACUAAGUCCAUCGCCAGAACACCUGGAACUGGGUUCCUGGCACGAUUGUUGA